AUCGUAAUAACUCCUCGCCGAGCGUCGGUGGAGGAUUCGGUGCGCGUAAACGACCGGACUGGAUGCGCUUGUCGCCUGCGGCGCGAAGCGGACCCGACGCUACUCGAGGGCGGCAGCCGGCAAAGGAUUUGAUUGGGGGACUUGCGGACAUGCAACGCGACGGCAGGCAGGUCUGGGCAGAAUGCAGGCAGGAGUUGCAUCGAGGUGAAACGGAGACGAUCACCAGAGGAGUGCAACGGCUGCACGUCGACGAAGUGGAAGAUGCGGCUGUUGAGGAGGGGCAGGGGUGUGACGACGUGGAUGGCGAGGACGGUUGCGAGUCCGACGAUUUACCAGACAUCAGGCCGCUUGGGAGGAGGGCGACGAGAGGCGGAUCCGGUGGUAAGAAGGGCCCCACCACGAAACCGAGACGGACAAAGAACAUGGAUGACGACACAGGUCGGAGCGAUGGCGAGGGCGGCCGGAAUUUCUGGUCGGCGGGAGACACGGUUGCGCUCGUGAGGGCGAAAAGGGAUCAAGAUCUGUAUAUCGCCGACCUGGGGACUAGUUUCGCCCGCAUGAAAACGGCCGCGUGGAAGUGGGAGGACGUGCGGAUGAGGUUGCAGGCGAUGGGAGUGACGAGGGAUGUCGUCGACUGCGGGAAGAAAUGGGACAACUUGAUGCAGCAAUUGAAGAAGGUGCACAAGUUUCAGAACCUCUCCGGCGGGAAGGACUACUUGAGGCUUGCUUCGAGGGACAAGCGAUCGGAGGGCUUCAGCUUCGUCAUGGACCGGAGCGUGUAUGGCGAAAUGGAGGCCAUGACGAAGGGGGAUCACACGAUCCACCCAGCAAAUUUGGCGGACACUGGGGCGGCGGGGGGGGUUCAAAUGCCCACAGGCGCUGGGGGGGGKGGGGGCACCAUGGGCGGCGAUGGUGGAGGGGAGACGGCAGACGAGGAGCAGGGGUCGACGAAAGACUCGUCAUUCAGCGUGGGAAGCGGCGGCGGUUAUGGGAAGAGGAAGAACAUGCGGCAACAAACCUUUGAAGCCGUCGCCGACGUCAUGGAGAAGCAUGGUGCGCUCAUGGCGAGCACAAUGGACAGCGCCAACAAGCGGCAAUGCUCUAUGAUGUCACGACAGUGCGAAAUCCUGGAGAGCGAGGUGGAGUGCUCUGGAGGAAAUUCACAUCGGCCCCUGGUGUUGUAUGGACGUGCGCCUGUGCAAGCGUGGAAGGGUCUGUACGCGCGGCGGGGACGGUGGGCGUCGCAAAAGCUGAAGGGCGUGCGCGUGCAGGAGGUCUGCAUAAAGUUGUGCUUGCGGCAUAUCCAGUACCGGAGGUCGGUGCACACGGUGACCAGCAACGAAAUCCGCGCGGGACGCCACCUGCCUUCUGUCCUCGAUGCACCGCGCAGCCAUCGCAUGGUCGCCCCUGUCUUCGCGCUCCACGAGUGGGACUUCUACACUGUCGUCGUCGAUCGCGCUCGACGAUCGUCUCGCAAGCACAAGGACGUCCACGUGGAGCAGACUGUCCUUAUCGUUGCGGACAAGUCUACGUCGUUCGGAGGCGUCGGCCGUGGCAAGAAGCGGGAGAACGUCCCUGCUGACACCCAGGGGCGGGAAGUGGGUCGGCGGCAUGUCCCCAAGUCGAAGAGGCUCCGUUCAGAAGAGGCAUCACCAAGCGUGGCUGUCCGACGAGGGCGGUAUUGGGCGGCAUCGAACGAAGACGAAGAUGACGACGUGUUCACGACGGAGGAGGAAGCAGCACAUGACACCGUGACGGCACCCCGGGGCAGCAAUCUUCAAGCGAAGAGUGAUCAGGCCACGUCGAGGAGAUUGCUCACGCCCCCCCCAGAGGGGCAACAAGGUCGUGGGCAGAGCACCACGAAAGCAAAGGAGGUUGUCGUCGACGUCGGCGACGAGGACAAUGCGCCAUUGGAAAGCCGCAGGCAGCGAAAUGUAAUGCAAGGUGCCACGGCGACGGGAGUAAGGAUACGCUCCGCGCAUGAAGAAAGGUCACCUCAGGGCGCCAUGCCAUCCACGCUGUCGCACCCGCGAGCGCUUAACACGGCUCCAAAUGGAGGGUCUACUAAACGCGGAGGAGGUGAGGUGGCCCAGCAAGAACCGCGCGUGGCGAGCGCUGGCGCGAUCGCAGGUGCAGGAGCGGGGUCCUCGGGCAAUGUCGUUGCCAUGGCGGGGGCGAGAGAGGAGGUUCCUGUUGUGGAGCGGGAGGUUGCGCGUGGCGAGAAUAAGGGCGAAAGAGAGGACGACGACCCCCUUUUAAGCCGGGAGCGGAGGGGAGGGUUGGCGAGAGAUCUUGCCGACCGUGCCCUCAUGUGGGUCGACGACAAAGCGUUCAGGACAACGGGGGAGGGGCGCCGGCUCUACGACAUCGUCCACCGAACGCGGGAGCACUUCGAGGCCAUCGCCAGUGGGGUGCAAGCGCCCGUCGUGUCUAGGAGCGUCGUCAUGCCGAAAUCCGCGACGACCCUCCAGAGGAUUGCUGAUCCCGCUCAACUACAGCAAACGAUCAUCUGCAGGGGGGUUGCAGAGAACAUAGUUCUGCGCGUCUUGCAUGGGUGGGUGCUCAAGUCAGGGAAACGCCCCCGCGGAUACAAUCUCACUUUCCAGUACGCGUUGGAGUCGGUGGCGAUGGACUUUGCGCGCGUUAUGUGGUACGACGAGGAGUGGAGCAACGUGGUGAGCGCGGCCGUUUGCGCGCACACGAUUGACCUCAAUAUGGACUUGCCACUGUGGUUUGCGGGGAUGAACAUCAAUGACAGGCCGCAGGACGACAACAUGGCUGCGUACCAGGAGUCGACCGUCAUGUGCGUCCCCGAUUGGGCUUCCUGCGGCAUCACGUUCGGCCACGACGCGAGCAUCACGUCGCCAGAGGACGCGAAGACGAGGGAUUGGUUGGGUCGGGGCCCCUUGGAGGAGGACGGUGACGACAAUGGAGAAAACGACGCGUAGGGGGUGGAGGGGUGGUGUUGUGCUAGAUCGCCUUGGUUUGCUUGUCGC